AUGAAGAAGUUCUCGAAUCAAUCCUUCACACUGCUUUUAGUGCUUCUAUCCAUCGGAGCCUUUGACUUGCACGCGCUUCUUGGCCAUGCAACAGGGUCUUCAGCAAGUGUAUGGCCCGCAGCCUCGGCUGCACCUCUCUACUCGGCAUCCCAGGCCUCGAACCCCCAGACACGGUCCAGAAAGCCUCGUGUUGGCAUCGUCAUCAAGGAUUCCUCAACUCUUCAGAAGGCGCCGAAAAAGACCAUCGCUACUGGCGGCUCCAAGUCGAGUGGUCCCGCUUUCGAGAAUCCAAAUGGAAGACUGGGCAUGAAGGUUCAGCUCAAGAUGCUCGGACGUAAUCAAGAUACUGAUCCUCUCAUGCUCUACCAAAGGCACAUAAAUAAAGCAACGUCGAAGCUGGCUAGUAUCUUGGGUCGUAGCGGCCCUACCCAAGAACAGAUGCAGCAAGCCUUAGAACGGCGCAAAAUCAGCAUCCUCCAGCGUCGAGGACUUCUCUCCGAAGACUCUACACUCUCUGCUUGCGAAGGUGCUCGACACACCAAGCCUCGUCAAGGCUACACCAGCCAUGCCGAGUCCGGUGGUGACAUGCAACGUCGAUUCCUCUCCAGCAUCAUGGACGACCUCUUUGGCCGCACGGGUCUUGAAGGAGGUUCCAAAGCCAAGUCCACCAUCCAGCAAGUAGCUAACGAAGGCUACUCCGAGAUCGACCUCAUCGCCUCGAGCUCCGACAAUCUCACCCUCGCCUCCGCCCCUACCGCUGUCCAGAGCACUGGUCUUGACAUUGAAUCCAACGACAUCGGCUAUGUCGCUGACAUCCAGAUCGGCAGCCAAAAUGAGACUUUCCGCAUGCUCAUCGACUCUGGAUCCGCCGACACAUGGGUCCCCAGCACUGCCUGCCAAGCUUGCGGCGGUACACACAGGAAGCUCGGCAAAUCAACUUCGGAUACCUUCGUCGGACUCAAAACCCCGUUUUCUAUCCAAUACGGAACUGGCGAUGUUUCGGGCAACCUUGCUAGAGAUGACAUGGAGAUCGUCAGCUUAAACCUUGCGAGUUACACCUUUGCUGUCACAAAACAAGAAUCUUCUGACUUCGCCGAUGAGACUGUCCCCUUUGACGGCUUGAUGGGUCUCGCUAGAAGCGAACUGUCUAACGCUGGCCAGCCGACCCCAAUCGAUGCUCUGUACGCAGAAGGCAAAGUCCAAGCUCCCGUCAUGGGCUACCAUCUCGGUCGUAUUGCAAAUGGCUACAACGAUGAUGAAGUCACAUUCGGUGGUGUUGAUCCAGCCAAGUACUCUGGAAAAAUCACCGAAAUCGACAAUGUCUCAACCAAAGGGUUCUGGGAAGCCUCCAUCGAGGCCAUCACUGUAGGUGGUACUGACCUCGACCUGCCCGGCCGAACCGCCAUCCUUGAUACCGGUACAACCCUCAUUGUCGCCCCCGAAGCCGACGCUGACGCAGUACACGCUCAGAUUCCAGGCUCAAAGUCCGACGGUCAGGGCAGAUACACGAUCCCCUGCACCACCACAAAGCAGCUCGCUUUCACCUUUGGCGAAGUAGAGUUCCCAGUCGACACUAGAGAUCUGCUCUUCUCGCCUGUUGAUCAGAACGAUCCCCUCGGUGAUUGUGUUAGUGCUAUUUCGGCGGGUAAUGUUGGUCAGAGAAAUGAGUGGUUGGUAGUAGCAACGUUCUUGAAGAACGUCUACUUUGCCACGAAUACUGAGGCGAAUAAGAUCGGUCUUGCUCGUCUCAACACUACCGACACCUCGUCUCAGGGGAACAAUGGUACCACUGCGGCGAAGCGCUGCUUCGAAGCUCGCUAA